AUGCAUCAGGAUGAUACGCCAUCUGAUGAGGAAACAUUCAUGGACUCGCAGCAAGAUGUGGAAGAUGCAGAAGAUGCGAGUAUGAAACCCUACGUACACUUGUCUCCCCAUAAGCAGCAACCGAAACAGCAGUCACAUGCUGUUGACGGUCUGAAGCAGACUGAUCAAAACUCUCGUGAGAAACAACGACACCAGCGUUCUUUCAGUCUUUUGCGGCGGCGGAGCUCACGCAGGUCGAGAAGCCAGCGCUCCGGCUCAGAUGAAGCGGAUACAGCAUCUUUUGUAUCUAAGAGCAGUGAAAAAAUCCCUGAACACCAGGAGGUGUUGGAUUCAGGUGGUGGUGAAGAAGAAAAGAACCGGAUUAAAGAGGCUGCGAAAGCAAGCCGCGAGCCUAAAAAGAACAAUUUUAUUGCUAAAGGGCGUCGCAUUGUUGAGGACCCAGUUACGGGAGAAAGUGUUAUCAUCCAAGACGGCCGUGAUUUCAAGAUUGAUCCUAAAGAGCUGGACUCCCGAUACAAGGGCGGAUUCUCUGCGAGACGACCAUUAUCAUGCAAAUCGUAUGAUACCAAGUACACCAGCCCGGAUCCUGCGCGGCCAACUUCGAUCCUGCUGCAAUCAUUCCCUGAGCCGCUCGACCCGGGCAAGGUGAAAGAACUUGACGACAUCUUCCUCAAAUUGUACUUGGGCUAUGGUGCUCUGAUUGUACUAGUUUGGGGCAUUGCGACAAUUGGCCAUGGCUGGGGUGCGUUUGCAACGCGCACAUUUUGGCUUGGCUUGGCUGGGAUUGCCGGCUUUAUGGGUCUUGGUACGUUGCGUAAUGUGAUCAUGCACCAAAUGGAACGUAUGCGUGUGGCCAUGCACCGGCAACGUGGUGAAAAGUAUUCGCCACCAUACCCAGAGAGUGUGGAGUGGAUGAAUGCUAUCAUCGCAUGUGUGUGGCGCCAGUUAAACCCCGAGAUGUUUGUGCCCAUAAUCGACCAAGUUGAAGACAUUAUGCAGGCGUCAUUGCCAAGUAUGAUCAGCGCCGUCAAGGUCUCAGAUGUGAGUCUUGGUUCGAAUCCUUUUCGAGUGAUUUCAAUGCGCGGGCUUGCCGAGUUGAUGACGGAAAAGACUCAAGUAAAUAAAACAUGGAUUGAAAGAAACAACGAAUUACUGGGUAGCGGCAAAAGCGAGCAUGACAAUGACAACAAUUGCGACUCGGACGAAGGAAAUCAAGAGGAUGAAUUCCAUGGAUUGGAGGCAAUGGACCCUGAAUUGCGCAAAGAAGCCGUUGAAGACAAGGCCGGGGACUUUUUGAACCUGGAAGUGAGCUUUUGUUACUCUGCGUUGCCUGGCGAAUCGUCCAAAGAUCGGACGAAGAAUGUUCAUUUGCUAAUCGAGUUCUUCAUUGGUGCAUUUGACUGGCUGGAAAUCCCUCUGCCUGUAUGGGUGCAAAUAGAACGCAUUAUUGGCACUGCUCGUAUUCGUGCGCAAAUUAUGAGUGAGCCGCCGUUCGUGCGCAAUGUGACCUUCUCUCUGAUGGGUGUGCCGAAUAUUGCGAUUAGUGCGAUUCCUAUUUCACGCAUCUUGCCGAACGUCCUGGACCUUCCUAUUAUCUCGCACUUUGUCCAGACGUCGAUUGCUGCAGCGUCAGACAUGUAUGUGGCACCGAAAAGCAUGACGCUGAAUGUGCAACGCAUCUUGAAUGGCGAUGGUGUGAAGAAGGACACAGAAGCAGUUGGUGUUAUUGUGGUCAACAUUCACUAUGGCCAGAACCUGAGCUCACAGGACUUGAACGGCCGGUCUGAUCCAUACUGCGUGCUGAGUCUAGCCAAGUUCGGUCGACCUAUGUACUCGACUCGCAUCAUCUUCGAAGACCUCGACCCUGUGUGGGAGGAAACGGCGUUCUUGUUGAUAUCGAAGGAGGAUAUUCGCUCGGACGAAGGACUCUCUCUACAGUUGUGGGAUUCGGACAAGCGCUCAGCGGACGAUAUUGUCGGUCGUGUGAAUGUCCCAUUGCGGCAUCUUAUGCGGCAUCCCAAUCAAAUCAAGUCGCAUUUGUCAAACUUGAUGGGAUUCGAAGAUGCCGACCAGAUGCAAGGACAAUUAAGCUGGAGUGUUGGUUUCUUUGAGAAGGCGAAGCUGAAUAAGAAGCUACGCAAGACCGAAGACGAGUCCAAUGAGGACGAGGUAGACAAAGUUGUUAAGCGCAAGCCGUCGCCCAUUGACUCGGAGCAAGAGGCACUGGCACUCGAUACACCACCAGAUGAAGAAUAUCCUAGUGGUAUUUUGAGUGUUAUUGUGAAGUUUAUUGCAGGUUUGGAGAGGCGCGAUGUCGAGAAGGGCGUCGACGACAAGGAUCGCGAGGGUGCUGCAGGACAGGAUGUGGAAAUGAGCUCGGCUAAGCUGCCAUGUGGCUAUUGUGAGUUGAUUUUGAACGACAAUCUUUUCUACAAGACACGUGUAAAGCAAUACAACAAUAUGCCAUUUUACCAAGCAGGCACAGAAGUGUUUGUGCGUGACUGGACGACAUCUGAGUUGCGUAUGAUUGUACGCGACUCGCGCGUUCGCGAGCAUGAUCCGAUCAUGGGUAUUGUUGCACUACCACUGAAGGACUUAUUCAGAGAGGCUUCGCAAAUUGAGCAGUCAUUUGCGCUGCAGGAUGGCGUUGGUUAUGGCAAGCUGCACUGCAGUAUCGUGUUCCGGUCGGUGAAGCUCAAGAUGCCACGUGAGCUGCGUGGCUUUAAUACAGUAUCUGUGGAUCUGCUGAGCUCGAUCGAAGUGAAGGGCAACACGCCGGAGUGGAUGAAAAAGCUCGACGAUGUCAAAAUCACCCUCGUUGCCAACAAAUUCGAGAAGAAGCUCGGCACUCGAUACAAGAAUCACGUGCCAGACAAUGAGCCGCUCGCGCGUGUGCCUGUGUUUGAUCGAUACUCGACCAAUCUCGUGUUCUGCUUUGGCCGCACGCCCCUGACGAGCACAUUGCCGAUCCCGAACUUCUUCCGGGCCGUGGGCGUUGCCAUAUUGCCACUGCGUGAGCUAGAAGACAACCAAAUCACUGAUGUAGAGCUUCCAAUCCUCGCGGGACCUGCGCUGCACGCAUUGGAACGCAACUUUGUCAACAAGCAAACAAAGGACACGCACAAGUUCAAUGAAGUCGGCACUCUAGCUGUGCGUGUAUGCGUUAACCCGGGCAUGGAUGAGGCGCACAAGCCGAUGCUGGUUGGCUCGCGAGACCGCCAUGAAUUCGAAGUGUACGAGCGACUUGUAAGUCUACCGAAUCGUGCUGAAGUCAAUUCACAUGCCAACGAUGACGGCAUCAUUACUCGGCAAGAACGUAAGGAGAUGAACCGUUUGCAAACGCGGGAGCUUCAUAUGCGCCACCGCGGUGCUAUGGGCUACACACCUAUACGAACGGCAGUAUGGGCAAAGGACGGACUGAAGAGUCACAUGUCUAGUCUUGGUCGGCACAUGUUUGGCAGCAAGGAUCAGCGUGACCAGUAUGUGAAAUCUGAAGUCUAG